ACCUGCGUACUGGACAUUCUUCGACACGUCCCGCGAUGUGCGUUCUCUCAAAGACAGAAUACCGUCAUUCAUUGGGCACUCGCGGCCCUUGGCGUGAAGGACAUCCCCUCCGAAUUUGUGGUACAACGUGUCACGAAGAGUUUGCAGCAGCUGUGCGGCAUAUCCAGCAUCCGCUACAAGGGGGCAAUGGGCCAUAUAUACUACGUCAAUGAUCUGGCGUGUAUGAUUGCACAGGAAAUGGCAAAUCCCCUGGUGGGCCCGCAUCUUCGAUUCUUCCCUGAGGAUGCAGGUGAUCAGUUGUCGGAGGCGUGGCAGGGCGCGCGCUGGCUUGACGAGCUAGACCCUAACCUGGCUGCACCGAUGAUCCGACACCACGGCCAGGACUACUUUGUGUACGAGCCAGUCCAGCUCGAGAACGGGCAUGUAUGUAUGCCCUUCCGAUGGUACAAGCAGGGCGAAGAGAUGUUUGCGAAGGCGUGGCCCAUGGUGCAAUCACCGGAUAAGUCCGGCUGGAUCGUCCAUGCUCACUCACCCUUCGACAUGAGCACCGGCCAGCUUCUCGCGUCGCUUCCGAAAUUGAUGGAGACCCACCGGUUCUAUAACAUCCCCAGCCCCAGCAACAUACUCGGUGUCGAGGAACUUCAAGGCGGCGGAAUUCACCGCUGGACUCACACCGAUCCUCGUCAGGGAAACCGUUGGAGAUUGCGAGCUCAUGGGCGACGCGUGGUGGCUUUCCCGAUCUGGUUGUACUGCGAUGAUACCUCCGGCAACCUCUCCAAGAAGUGGAAUAAACACAAUUCGUUCCUCUUCACCGCCGCUGGGCUCCCCCGACGUCUCGUCCAUCGAGAGUCCAGUAUCCACUUUCUUACGACCUCCAACCUCGCCCCACCACUCGAGAUGCUCGACGGGAUUGUGGAGCAGUUACGGGACUGCCAGGAGUCAGGUAUCUGGGCGUGGGACUGUGUACACAAGGAGGUCGUACUUGUUGUCCCAUCCGUUCUUGCGAUGCUCGGGGAUAACCCAAUGCAGAGCGAGAUUGCGUGCCAUGUCGGACUUGCAGGCAAGCUCUUUUGCCGGGUAUGCAAAGUGUUCAAAGGUCGCUCGUCUGCAGAUGCCGCGGAGGAUGAAGACGAUGACGACGACGACAGCAGGUCUGUUGGGUCGGGCUCCGAUGCCCUCAGCGAUACGGAGGGGGGCAGCCGCACCAUGGAAACUAUGGCUCAGAUGGUAGAUCGGAUACAUCGGUUCAUGUCGAUUGGGCUCUUGCGUUCUCGGAAGGAUACACUCCGGGAGCUUCAAUCCCAGUUCUCCGAUGCAACGCAGAUUGGCGGUCAAGCUAAUGUCAAAAAAGCGCGGACGCGGACGGGCAUACGAGACACCUACCAGUCGUUCUUCACCGAGCGGCUCUUCUCGCUGACUACUGCACGCGGCAAGAGCCGGGACGAGAGGAUGGGCGAGGUCGCUGAGUACCUACGUACAGUACCCUGGGUGGAAGAAUCUGCAAGAAGUCCAGUAUGGAGAAUCCACGACUUCGAUCCCCAUACAGAUACGCCAGUCGAGAUUCUGCAUGUCAUACUCCUUGGCUUCGUCAAAUACCUUUGGCGUGAUACUGUCAGCCGUCUCAAGGAUCCCGCCAAGCAAACUCUAGUCGCCCGCCUCUCAUCGUUCGACGUUUCAGGCCUUGGUCUUGCGCCAUUGCUCGGGACUACUCUCGUCACCUACGCGAAGUCACUAGUGGGUCGCGAUUUCCGCGCGGUCGCUCAGGUGGCCCCCUUCGUUUUGCAUGACCUGCCUGGGAUACCGGAUGAGCUACAGCGGGUAUGGGUUGCUCUUGCACAACUUGUCCCGCUCGUAUGGCAGCCUACAAUAAUGGACUUCCCGUCACAUAAGGUACGAUUGCAAGAGGCGAUUGAUCGCUUUCUCGAUACAACGUGCCAGCUCACGCCGCGAUGGUUUAACAAACCAAAGUUCCAUAUCAUUCUUCACCUCCCCGAGCACAUCCGACGCUUUGGUCCGCCAAUGCUCUUUGCCACUGAGGGCUUCGAAUCUUACAACGCCAUCAUCCGGUCUCAUAGCGUUCAUAGUAAUCAUCGUGCACCAUCCCGUGACAUCGCGUCGGGUAUGGCACAUCAUAACCGCGUUCGGCACUUCUUGAGCGGCGGGUAUUUCCUCAUGCCUGUCCUUGUUGAUGGACGGGAGGACGAGAUCCGCGAAGACAACACGGCGGAGGCCACGGCGGCGGCAACUUCACGACCGCACUCCCCCUGGCUGCGCAAAUUGGCACGCCUCAACCUCGAGGACAUCCGCUGGCGCUGCAUGGGGCCCGCGCCGAUGAAUCUGCUUUCAUCUAACUCCGAUGAGGUCGGUGUCGAUGUCUUGGAACUUUUCCAUCUCAACACGACAAAAUGCGACGAAGAAAUUGGUAUGUCUUCUGCUAUCUUCAUCAUUGACACGAGUUAA